UGUGAUGCUCAGUUUAUACUUCGUAAGCCCUAAUACACAACCGUCUUCAGUCCUGCCAUCGGCCGCCUCCACAUUGCCGUCAAUUCCCUAACCUUUCUCACUUUCGCCACCUCGCCUCAUACCCGCCCCUUGCCCUGCCUGCGACGCGACGCGAGGCGACGUCCCUCUUCGAAGGUCAAUCGGGUUUAUGAUGGACAUCGGCAGUUGCUAUUUAGAUGGAAAUGCAGAUGUCGUGGAGUUCUGCCCGCAUGAUUCCUUCUACGAUAUAUUGGCUGCUGGCACGUACACACUACAAGAAGGAGCUCAGCCUCACCGUGCCGGAAGCACUUCGCUGUUUUCAACGCGCGAUGGUCUCAGCUUGCUCUGUCGCGUACCAACAAUUGGCGUCUUCGAUUUAAAAUGGAGUCCGAGGGGACAGAAUGCGCCUCCUUUGCUUACUCAAGCUGGUGCUGAUGGCGGCGUUGUUCUCUAUAAGUUAGAAUCUCAAUUGAAAGAAGAAGAUCAAGGUCCUUUUUUUCAGGCAAUAUGCUCAGAAAACAUAAGUUCUUCCAUGUGCUUAUGCAUGGACUGGCAUCCAUCAGCUUCAUCUAUUUCAUUAGGCCAUUCAGAUGGCUCGUUAUCCCUGGUUGCUGUAAAGGAUGACAAAGUCCAGGUAUCACAAUCAUGGCUAGGCCAUGAUUAUGAAGUUUGGGCGACUUCUUUUGAUGCCCAGCGGCCAAACUUGUUAUACAGUGGAUCAGAUGAUUGUUGUUUUAGCUGCUGGGAUUUGCGGGCUCCUACAGAUGAUGUAGUGUUUCGGAACGCCAAGGCACAUAGGAUGGGUGUGUGUUGCAUCAGUCAGGACCCAGCAAAUACCAACAUUCUGCUGACAGGAAGCUAUGAUGAAUUUCUCAGAGUUUGGGAUGUUAGAUCAACAUCCAGACCUGUUUGCGAGAAGUCCCUUUGCUUAGGAGGGGGUGUUUGGAGAAUCAAGCACCAUCCGUACAAGUCGAACCUUGUAUUGACAGCAUGUAUGCACAAUGGUUUUGCAAUUGUUAGGAUAGAAGACGGUGACAUUCAAGUUGUUGAGACUUAUCACAAGCAUGAAUCUUUAGCGUAUGGAGCAGAUUGGCAGAGGGGAGAAAUGAGUGCCCAAGGUAUGCAGAGGCAAGGAUUGUUGGUUUCUACUUGCUCAUUUUAUGAUCGACUUCUUCGUAUAUGGCAACCAGAAGUUCUACAAUUAAGUGCUUUCUGAUGCUGAUAUAGCUUGGUUUUCAAGCUUUAGCUUAUGAUUCCAAUUGUAUAUGUUCACUGAACUUAUGUCGGCUUGUAUCAUAAGACUUGAGUUUCAGUUUUUUUAUCUUUCUUUUUCUUGCUGAAGAAAGAAGGAUUUGAUGCUGAUAGUCAACACUUGGUUUGCAACUCUAUUAUUGUUUCCUUUGAUUUUGUAUUACUUUUUAAGCUAAAUACAAUAAAGUGAGUGUAAUCUAGAUGUCUGGACUUCGUCCAAAUAAUUCUAGAGGUAGAUGGUCUUCUUCUUGGUUCUUCUACCAGGUAAAUUUAAAGCACAA